AUGAAGACACUUGAAAUUACCCAGAUUACAAACAAAUAUGGUGAUGACCUUGAGAAGAUCAUGGCAGUCACAGAGAAAGGACAAAACAUCGAAGAAAUCGAGGAUAUUGGAGCAUUGAAAAGCCUUGUCAGACUUGAUGUUUCCAACAAUAAGCUAACAAAGUUUGGAGGAAGUAUUUACUGCUAUUCAUUAACUCUUUUGAAUUUAUCAAAAAACUCUAUCACUAAAAUUCCUGAUGAGAUUAGUCUGCUGACCAACCUAGUCACUCUGAAUAUCUCAUACAAUAAUAUAAAGUCUUUGGCUCCAUUGAAGGAUUGUAAAUCUCUGAAGUCGAUUAUAGCUGUAGAAAAUAGAAUAAAAUCUACAAAGGAUUUAAAGUCUCUGGCUACACUAAACACUCUGAUCCUGAGCAAGAAUGAGAUUGAGGACACAAAAGGGAUAGAGAAUUUAGGAAUGCUUCAGAAGCUUUCUCUCUCCAACAACAAGCUGACCACAUUCACUCCUGGGUAUGGACUGAACCAGCUCCAAGAGCUUAGGUUGAACAAUAACAAGUUGCUUAAGGUCAAUGUGCCUGCUCCAAAGCUAAGAAUCUUUGAUGUAGGGAAUAACCCGAUUGUGAACAAAGAUCACUUCCUGAACUCACUUAGGUCAUUGAAAAAGUUAGCAAAUCUCAAUGUGAACAACUGUUUCAAGGGUCUAACAGACGAUGAAAUCAAGAAGGCGAGCCCCAAAUUGACCGUCCUUAAUGGAAUACAACUAGGUGAGAAAUGGAGAGAAGAGUUCUUUGGCACAAUUAGGAAGAACAACAAAGAGACUGGAAGAGUCUCUUCAAAAAAACAUGUGUGUAAAGUCCAGAAAAUUGCUAGCAGCAAGAAGCAUAAAAGAAAGUUUGAAGGAACUAUUCCUAAGAAAGCUAAGAGGACUAAAAGAGCCCAUAAGGAUUUUAGAAAAGGCAACGAGAAGUACAAUGAGAACCAUCAAGACCAGAAUGAAGAGAUUAAACAGGAAACCACUGAGCAGCCAGAGAAGCCGGUAGAGAAGAAGAGAGACAGGAAAGAAGCAGAGAAAUCAGCAGAGGUCCAAGAGGUGAAGCCUAAAGCAAGUAAAGUAGCAAAGGAGGUAAAUGAGCAAGAUACGGGUAUUAAGAGUGUGAAGAAAGUUGCCAAGGAUUCUUCCAAGUCAUUUAGUCAAAAGUCUAAAGCAGAGAAGCUCAAGCUUUUGGAAAAAUUGCAUCCAUAUUAAGAACGCGCU